AUGUUGAAAUCUACUGUCAAUAAUACUCGUAUCAAGUGUGGACACAUUGAUCAAAGAAGAAAUUAUUUGUUCACAACAUUGGCUGGUACAGUUUUGGGCUCAUUCUUAUGGUCCAAAAACAAUGUAUUAGCUUCAAAAAUGGAAAAUGGUGAAUUACACUAUCAUGAUCCUAACCUUAAAUUCAAUAAGAAAUUGUUCAAUGGUAAACCACCAUUUGAAAGACGUACUCCAGAUUAUCCUGGUCAUGUACCAUUAUAUAAUUUCGAGAAAGUUUUGAUGUUUUUAGGAUCCAGUAUGGGGGCAUUUUUCCAUCCAGAAGAAAAUAAAUAUAUUGUGGCUCUUGGUGAAAGUACUGCCAUCACACCUAUUUUACAGAAUUUACGCCACAAGAUGCUAUCAGAUCCUGUGGGUAGAACCAUAUUAAGAGAGAAGCCACGGAUGACGUCAGAUUCAUUGAAUUUGACCUAUUUGCGAUCAUUACCUGAUAAUACGAUUGGGAAAAAUUAUGUCAAUUGGUUAGACAAGGAGCAUGUCAGUCCUGAUACUAGGGUUGCAGUUAGAUAUAUUGACAAUGAAGAAUUGGCUUAUAUAUAUCAACGAUAUCGUGAAUGUCAUGAUUUUUAUCAUGCAAUAACUGGGUUACCAAUUAUUAUUGAGGGGGAAAUUGCUGUUAAGGUAUUCGAAUUUGCUAAUAUUGGUAUCCCUAUGAGUGGGUUAGGAGCUUUAUUUGCUCCCUUGCGAUUGAAAUCAAGUCAACGUCAACGAUUAAGGGAAAUAUAUUAUCCGUGGGCAAUCAAAAAUGGAUUGUUUAGUAAGCCAUUGAUCAAUGUUUACUGGGAAAAAAUUCUCGAGAAGGAUGUUGAUGAAUUCAGACAAGAGAUGGGGAUUCAACAACCUCCUGAUUUAAGAAAUAUGAGAAAAGAGUAUUUUGCUAAGAAAAAAUUGGAAAAGCAGUUGCAAGGUGGAAAGUAA